AUUGAACUCUGUCUCUCCCUCAUUGUAUUUCUAUCUAUUUAUAUUUAUUUUUCUCAUAUCUUACUUUUGGUCCUUUAAAAGCUGAAGGGAAUUUUGUUUUGUACAAAGUCUUCGACUUCUCAGCCUUUUGCCGUCUGGGUUUUCACCAUCUCUCACAUGUCUUGCAGUAAGAACUGAAGGAAUCUUUUCAUUACCACGCCAAUAGUGGAAGAAGUCCAAAACCUGUUCCAACAAGGUUUAUGUACGGUCGCUAUGGAUGUAAAAGGUAUAACCUGGGUUGGGAACAUAUACCAGAAGUUUGAAGCUAUGUGCUUGGAGGUGGAAGAAAUAAUGUAUCAGGACACGGUCAACUAUGUUGAGAAUCAGGUUCAGAAUGUUGGAGAAAGUGUUAAAAAGUUCUAUUCAGAUGUCAUGCAAGAUUUGCUUCCCCCAUCUUCAUUUGAUCCUGUGAAAGUGCCAGCCUCUGACUUACCUGUAGAACGAUAUUCUAAUGUUGGGAUCUACAAAAGGCCAAAAGUAGGUAUAAAAAGGCGUUCUGUGAGGGUUGAUACUGAGCAACUAUCUGAGGAUUCAAAAGCAAUGACUGAUAUGCAUAAAGCUGUGGGCCGUUCACAAUCUCUUCAUCAAGUUCAUGAUGAAGAUAAUUUGUUCCCACCAGCAUCAGAGGAUUCUGCGAAAGGAACUUGCUCUGAGUUGUGUUCAGGACAACAUAGUAAUGGCAGUAUGUUUAAUAAUAACUCAAACCUGGGUAUCAAAGAAAUACCAGAAAAACAUUACAAACUUCCACUGGCUGAAAUGUCGGGAGCAGUGUUACCCAUAAAUGAUGUGGACAGAGUAUCCUCAUUCUGUGAACUCUUAAAUGAAAAUCGUGGAGCAGCAUGCGAUCACACAGUUACAAAAUCAGCCUCAGCUUCGGUUGAAGUUAGAAGGUUUGACUCCAUAGCAGAAAGUUGUAACAGGGUUGAAAAUGCAAAUGAACAUGUAAGUGAUGUCUCCAUGGAUAGCGCAUCAUCUGAUAUGCCUAUUUUGAUCAACUCCAAUGAAAAGGAAGGAAUAGAGAUGAGACUUCCAUACUCAGAUGGCCUCUCAGCAGAGUCAAAUGCUGCAGACAUUUGUAUGAACGAUGGAGUGGUUUCUUGCAUGGGUCCAACGCAGGAUUCAGAUGUACUGUGCGAUGAAAUUGCUGAUAAGGAGGUUUUUGUGUCUCAUCCAGAAAGAUCGGACGACUGGAGUUUGGAUGCAAUCGAGAGUAGUAAUUUCUCUGAACAGGGAGUGGAAACUAAGGUAAAGCUUGAGGAAACCUGUGUUCUGGUGGAUGGAGAAGAACUUCAUUUUUUGGCUCACAAGGAAUGCAAACGCAGGCCAUACAAGAAAAAAAUUCGGGAAGCUUUUUCUUCAAGAAUGAGAUCAGCAAGGAAGCAGGAGUAUGAGCAGCUGGCGGUUUGGUACGAGUAUGAUGGAAAAUCCAAUCAGGCAUCGGGAGAGGGCUCGAUGCCAACUCUUCCUGUGGUGGAUGGAAAGAAAUCCGCAACUGGUGAUUUCUGUGAAAAUGAGUGGGAGCUUCUGUAGAUACCACCACUAGUAUUCCACUGUAAAUAAUUGGUCAACUUCACUGCUUAUGCAGCCUUCCCUUGCAGAAAAAAGGUGAUGAAGGUGCUGUGCCAAAAUCCCAGCUCUUAUAGAACUUGUGUGAAGUAAAAUGGUUAAACAAAAGGGGGAGAAAAAAUGCUUUCUAGUGAUGAAACUUAUAAAUAAUUUAUAAUUAGCAAGCCCUCCAUGUGUAGGGUUUAAUGCAGGUCGUUAUACUUUACCAAUAUGAUGCACAAGCAUUUGAACCUUACUAGCAUUGUUAAUGAAAUGCUUUUUUUUUUUUAUUUAA